AAACGUAGCAUGGUGACAUGAUAUGUCAGUUCCCUCUUGAUAACCAUUCGUUGUGCCCAGAAAGUGUUCAUCGACUUUUGACCUAGCUAUAUCGCCAAUCAGCCAGAACAAUGGAGGUAGCAAUUGUAGUUGCGUUGGCGUUUCUCAGCAUGUUUGCGUUUUGCGAGAACACGUACGCUUUUCCCGAUGAGACAGGGGCAACUAACUUGAAGGAUGUAAAAGGACCUAAGGAUAUCAAAGAAGCGGCGACCGCGUCGAAGGACGUAAAGGAUGCUAUCAAGGCUGCUAAAGAGGCGAAGAAGAGUAAGAAGGAUUGCGCACGGGAUUGUGGGAUUAAUGUUGAUCCUGUUUGCGCUCACGACCCUGCCGAUUCCAAUUUCAAACCAAGGACUUUCGGCACGCAGUGCGCUCUGGAUGUUUACAAUUGCGAAAUGGGAGCGAAAUUGGCUGUGAAGAGCAAAGGCGAGUGUCCCGGAUCCGGCGGAGUAAGACUGUCCUAAGCAAUUACUCGAUUCUAUAAAACCAUCCAUGAAACGCGAAGUAGAAUAUUAAUCCUCGAGUCAGCCGUUAGACUAUCAUUGCGAAUUUAUUCAGCUUGAGAGCAAACACCUGAAUACAUUAUAAUGCAAUGUGACGCUGCAUUUGUAUAGAUGAUGGUAUACUGGAAACCUAGAUGUAACGACGCGAGAAAGUCUGACAAUAAUUGGCCGCUAAACUAUACGCUACGUACGAUUGUACAAUGUAAAACCCGAGCACCUAUCUAAUAAAUAUUAAUAAUGAGC